CAUUUUCCCACCUUGCCUCUCUGAAUCUCACAUCUAAACAAAGGAUACCCCGUGAGGCUAGUUUAAUCUCCCCUUUUUGUGAUACCCCAUAUUCUUGAUACCCAUUCUUUCACUUCUUCACCCAUUCACAAUGGCCGACGCCCAGAAGCCCGUUGAGGUCCCUGAGACUGCGCCUACCGUCACCGAGGCUGCAGAGACGACGCCAGCGCCUGUUGAGAGCACUCCCGUCGCUACCGACGCUACCCCGGCAGUCGAGGAGACCAAGGCCACCGAGGCCCCGGCACCGGCCGAGGCUACUGCUGCCGAGACACCUGCGCCGGCUGAAGAGGUCAAGCCUGUGGAGGAGGGCACCCUAGAGCACAAGGCCGCUCCCGCAAGCUUCCCCAAGAACUUGAUCUACUCCAAGCAGCACUUCUGGUUCGGCACCGACGCUAUUCCGUCUGAGAAGCUCGCAACCUACCUAAAGAGUGAAAAGGCGGCCGAGACUGCUCACCACGUUGUUUCUUGGGCUGCUCAGACCGGCCAGGGUCUGCUUUUCUUUGGCAAGGAGGCUGACAAGACGACGCCCCAUGGCGCCAUCCAACUGGCUGAGGCAUCUGAGCCCACGACCGAGGGUGCCAACAAGUUCACCGUCGUCUCCAAAGGCCACAAGCACACCUUCAAGGCAGCCAACGCCGCCGACCGUGAUAACUGGGUCGCCCAGCUAAAGCUCAAGAUUGCGGAGGCCAAAGAGCUUGCUACCACCGUCACCGAGUCCGAGACUUACAAGAGCACCUUGGAAAGCUUCAAGCCUGCUAAGAAGGAGGAGAAGCCCGUCGCUCCCACCACUGAGGCGGUUGUUGAGACCCCUGCUGCCACCGAGGCUCCCAAGGAGGAGACUGCCGCCCCCGUUGAGGAGGCCAAGGAGGAGCCUAAGGAAGAGAAGAAGGAAGAGAAGAAAGAGGAACCUAAGCGUCGCUCGGCUUCCCGCAAGCGUGCUUCCAUCUUCGGCAACUUGCUUGGCAAGAAGGAGGAGAAGGAAGUCAAGAAGCCCGAAGAGACUCCUGCCGCCGCCACUGAGGCUCCCGCUACUGUAGAGACACCUGCCGUUGAGCCCGUUGUUGCCACUGAGGCUCCUGUCGAACCUGUUGCUGCAACGGAGACCCCUGCGGUCGAGACUCCUGCUGCUGUUGAGGAGAGCAAGCCCCUCGAGUCUCCCAAGGAGAAGCCCAUACCCACGAAGCGCUCCAGCAUCUUUGGAAACCUGUCUUUUGGCCGAAAGAAGUCGGAGAUUGCUGAGGCUGCCCCUGCUACUCCCGCAAAGGAUACUGCCCCGGUCACUGAGACGGAGCCUGUCGCCGAGAACGCGCCAGUGAUUCCUCAGGUUGAGACCUCUGAGCCCCUCAGUACUGAGGUUGCAUCUCCCGCCAAUGUCCCUACUGAAACCGUCGACGCUACUCCUGCCACUAAUGGCGAGACCAAGAAGGAGAUGAAGACCGACAAGCGCAAGUCUAGCUUGCCUUUCAACUUCGGAAAGAAGGAGAAGUCGGGCGCCUCUGAUGAGGAGGGUGAAAAGGUCAAGUCGCCUCCCUUGUUCUCCAAGCUCCGUCAAACCAUGAAGGGCAAGGCCAAGGCCGACAAGCCCGCCGAGAAGGUCGAGGAUAAGCCCAUUGAGGAGGAGACUCCUGCUGCCGCUGAGGCUCCCGCCAGCGAAGCUCCUGCCGCCGCUGAGGCCUCUGAUGCCACCCCGGCCGCCGAGGAGUCGAAGGGACCUGCUGUUCCUGCUACUGCUCCCGUCACCGCUGCCGCAUAGGACAGGACGUGGUGACGCUGCCACAAAGUGAUUUGGCGUAACUUCAAUCUAUUGGCUGAAGUUACGGUGGAACGCGCCCGGCCAUUCCUGGUUAUUGUCACGGGAAUGACUAGUGAUUGUUCCAAGUUCA